AUGGAGAAGCAGAGACAUGCCCAACGAGUUCUCAAUGAUCAUACGAGCACAACAUGUCCGACGUUGAUUACUCCUCAUGCAAUUGAGACCCAUGCAAGCAAAAUCUAUACAAGAACAAUGUUUUUGAAGGUUCAGAGGGAGAUUUAUAAAGGAUCAUGGUCUUGUUCACAAACGUCAGUCACUAAGGAUGGCGGGAAUGAGGUUUACCUUAUAAAGCAUUCAGAUAAGCCAUGUCAAGACCAUCUCCAGUUUACGGUUGUGCGAAAUGUAGAAUCUGGAAGCAUCAAGUGCAGUUGCAACCAGUUUGGACGACAUGGAUAUUUAUGUCGUCACAUUUUUUGUGUAUUCAAGAAUAAAAAUGUGCAAGAAAUACCAAAAGAAUAUAUAAGCAAACGUUGGAGAAGAGAUGUGCUCCCUCGUCAUUUGUUACAUGACAAGCACAGAUAUGGUAGAAGGAACGAUGAGGCAGACAAGAUUGCGACUGAAGCCUUUGAAAACCUGGAGUUGUGUUUCAGUAAGCUACGCAACAACCCUGAGAAGUUAUCUGAUUUUGUUUCCAAACUGAAUAAGUUAACUGAAGAUACUUUGGCAGAUCUUCCUAACAUUAGUGGGAAAGAAGACAAAGAGGUAGUCUAUCAGGAGUUGCUCGGGGUAACAGAACCAGAAGAGCUUACAAUUUUACCGCCGACGCCCGCUAAAAACAAGGGAUCAGGAACUCACACUGGUAAAAGAUUGGUUAAUCCGGGUGAGAAACAUGUGAAAAAACGCAAACGUCAAAUGCGUGAGUGCAAAUGGUGUCAUGAAGUGCAAGAUAAACAUGACUCGCGCAAUUUCCCUGACAGACUUGCAAAGUUAGAAGCCGAAAGUGCGUCCAAAAGAGCCAAGUUGGCAGUCGAUAAAGCAGCCAAUCAAUCUGCAACACAAGCAAGAAAAGAAGCAUUACAGGAGCAACCUCCCCAAAGAGCAGAUUGA